AUGAAAGUGAUGCGCCUCGGAUUCGCCGGUUCGGUGUCCUUAGCAACCUUAAGAAUGUCAUAUGGCUUAUCCACUGGCAUUUCGUUCAACAGAACUCACACAUGUUCCAAAGGGGAGUUUGAACCACCGGUAUCGCCCGAAACCUGUCUGAAAUGUAGUGAGAUAGCUGGAUUCAUUGUCUCAUAUUACAUGCCAGUAAGCAAUUUGGUGAAAUAUUUUGCAUUUGUUACCCUUGGUAGCACUUCAUCUAUGGUUGGUAAUUGGUAUCGUUCAUCCUUCAGUGCCUUGUUCAAGGAUUUUGGAUCAAUACAGAUACGAAUCUCACCCGAGCUCUUUGUUGCAGUGAUCAUUCUGCUAUUCCACACAGACGAACUGACGAAAUUUCGAAUAUUUGUUGAAAAAAAUUUUAUACACAUCCACACUUCUCCAUUUGUGAAGUAUGAAGUUGUGGCUAAUUACAGCUUGUUAUACACAAUCCAAGGAUUGGAUCCUAGUCUCACUCCUUAUAUGUUGGCUUCCCAUUUUGAUGUUGUACCAGCACCAAGUGAUGGUUGGCAUUUGGACCCUUUUGCAGCAGAAAUUAAAGAUGACUUUAUUUAUGCCCGGGGAACUGUUGAUGACAAACAUGGAGUUAUGGGUAUUCUUGAAGCAUUAGAACAUGCACUAAAAACUGGUUUCAAGCCCCAAAGAACCUUUUACCUGGCAUUUGGACAUGAUGAAGAAGUAAGAGGGUUGGAUGGUGCUUAUGCUAUUGGUCAACUUUUGAAAUCUCGUCAAGUAAAGCUUGAAUAUCUCCUUGAUGAAGGUCUUAUGGUCACUAAUGGUUUAGUGAAAGGAACUGAUAAGCCAGUUGCAAUGUUUCUUUCUCUAAAACCCAAUACAAAUGCCCUUGUAAGAACAGUCAGUGCAGUGACUCGCUUUGAUGCUGGAAUCAAGGUAAUUGGUUUUUGUAGAAAGAUUAUCCAGGAUGAAAGAGUUCAAUUGAAUGUUAAAUAUUCAAUGGAAGCCUCAUUUACUUCACCUUUUGGAGAUGACAGUUUUGGGUAUCAUACAAUUAAAAACAGCAUCCAAGAGGUGUUUGAGAAUGUAAUUGUUGUACCUGACAAAGCUGAUCUCCAGCCACUUAACACACAUAUAGAAUUGUGA